AGUCGGGAAGGCCAGCACGAUGGAGUCGCUCACGCCCACCGCGUUGCAGCGCUGGAGUUGCCAAGACAGGCAGCUGCCCCCCGUCGACUCAAUCAAGGCAAUUCACGUCUAUGAUUUCGACAAUACUUUAUUCAAAUCCCCCCUCCCCAACCGAACCCUCUGGAACAUAGGCACAUGCGGCUCGCUCCAGGCGCAGGAGUUUCUGCACAAUGGCGGCUGGUGGCACAAUCCUGCCAUCCUGGCUGCCACGGGCGAAGGACUCGAGAAAGAGGAGGCGCGCGCAUGGGAAGGCUGUUGGAACGAGAAGAUUGUCGAGCUCGUGCAGCUCUCGAUGCAGGAGAUGGAUGCUCUCUCUGUGCUGCUCACCGGCAGGCAGGAGGCGGGAUUUGGGGACUUGAUCGGCCGCAUGCUAGCCGCCAAGGGCCUGGCGUUCGACAUGGUCUGUCUGAAGCCUCUCAGCAGCCCGACGGGCGAGGUGUUCGGCAGCACCAUGAUGUUCAAGCAGGCGCUGCUGACGGAUAUCGUUCUCACCUACCAUCAAGCAGAGGAACUGCGCAUCUACGAGGACAGACCGAAGCACACCAAGGCAUUCAGAGACUUCUUCACCAACUUCAAUAAAUCGCUCAUGACGGCAAAGCCUACUGUCCAGAUGCCGGUGCCGCGCCAGCCCAUCGUAGCUGAAGUCAUUCAAGUCACAGAGCAGGAUAGCUUCAUGGACCCAGUCGCCGAGGUGACGGAGAUCCAACGAAUGGUGAAUUCACACAACCGAGCAAUCUUGGACGGCACUGCUCCCAAGACUGCAGUACCAUACAAGAUCAAGCGCUCUGUCUUUUAUACCGGGUACAUCAUUCAGCAAGCAGACUGCGACCGGCUCCGAUCACUCGUGAAGCCGCCUGCAAACUGCCCAGAGCAUGAGCUCAAGUACCUGGCCAACAACAUUCUCAUCACGCCGCGGCCUGCUCCGCAUAGUAUUCUGAACAAAGUCGGCGGUAUGGGUGCGAAGAUGACCUGGAAGGUGACCGGUCUGGCCAUCUACGGAGAGCGGGUUUGGGCUGCACGGGUUGCGCCGAUACCGUCCGAUGCCAAAGUGUACACGGAAAACACCACUCCUUGCGUAGUCCUGGCAACAAGACGACAAGCGAAACCUAUCGAGGCAAGUCGGAUACAGAACUGGCAGCCUGUACCAGAUCACCAGGCCUUUGAAUUUGAGACUACAGUUGGUGAGAAGUGCCUCCUACGGAUAGAGCAAGAAUACCCCAAUGAAGAUGAGUACGAAGCGAGCUUUCCGAACGCUAAGAAUGCGAAGAAACACCCUCGCGAAGAAGACUAUUCGCCUUCGGGCUCAGGCCGCCCCAAUUGGAAUAAGCCUCCUCGCACUCAAGGUGGUCGUGGCAACUAUGGGAACAAUCGCAAUGAUGGUUCUUGGGCACCUCGGAAUCCAAGUGGCGGUGGAAACUAUGGUACCGCAACUCGUGGUGGAGCCAGUGACAAUCGUGGCGCCCGAGGCGGUCGUGGUGGCUUCAGUGCUGCACGAGGCCGUCGCGAUAGGGACAGUGGUCAUCGUGGAGGCGGCAACAACCGAGGAGGAAGAGGCGGCGGUGGUCGUGGAGGGUACAAGAGCCUUGACGACAACGUCGGCCAGGGGUACGGAAGUGGUGGCAUGCAAUACUGAUUGUCAAGCGAGACGUUUGCAUGGACUGGAGGAGACGACGGACCAUUGUCACGCUCGGUGGAGCACUGCAUGGCGGCUGCUAGCUCGGAACGGACAGAGUGGGCGAGGAGUGGCUCCAUACAGGAACAUAGAACGGUCCGCCUCAUGACAGACAGCAUGCGGGUCUUGGCAGCGGAACGUGUUUAUUAG